AGGAGGGACCCGGACCCGUCCCCGUCCCCGUCCCCCCCUCCAGCCCUCCGGCUGCGGCUGCGGCGAGGGGAACCGCCGAGGGGUGCCGGCCGUCGGGGGGGCUCUUGGCUCUUCUCUGCCCGGGAAACUUCAGCCUCUUGCCCGGGGAGCAUCCCCCCCCCUGCCCCGAGGGUGAAGGAGAGUGGUCCCUCGCAGCCAGCAGGAUGGCGCGGACCAUGAGACCUGACGACAUCAACCCCCGGACGGGGUUGGUGGUGGCUCUGGUGAGCGUCUUCCUGGUGUUCGGCUUCAUGUUCACCGUGUCCGGCAUCAAGGGAGAGACCUUGGGGGACAUCCCGCUGCUGGCCAUUGGGCCGGCCAUCUGCCUGCCCGGCAUCGCCGCCAUCGCCCUCACCAGAAAGACCGACGGCUGCACCAAGUGGCCCAAGAACAAGUGUCCGUGCUGCAAGGAAGCCAAGGACCGGGAUGUCAUGGAGCUGCUGAGGACCCCCUCGGAUCUGGAGUCCGGCAAGGGGAGUUGCGAUGAGUUGGCCAAGAAAGCAUACCAGAAGGACCGGAGAGUGCUGCGGGGUGAGGACUCCGUGUCCAUCUGCACCACCACCACCACCACCACCAUGGGAGAGUGCAAGAGCCUCAUCAGAAAGGUGGAGCAGGAGGAGAUGCUGAGAUACCUGGAGAACUGUUAUCCAGAGAUGCCAGGGAAUGUGUUCGUGGGAGAUGGCUCUGUGUACAGUGCCUUGGAGAAGAAGAGCUCUUCUCCCACCAGGGACAGCCCUGCUUGCCCUGACAUUGAAGACAACAUUUUUGUUGCUCCUAAAGACAGUAUCAUUGUCUGCUCUUACAAGGAGAACAGCCCUUAUGACAGAUACUGUUGUUACAUAAACCCCACUGGAGUCAACUCAGACCAGGAGACCAUAGUGUGAAAGAUGCAUAUUUUAUAUAUAUGUAUGUGUACAAAAAACUGCAACUUCAACUUCUUGAUAGGGGAUAAUAUAGCUGACUGCACUGCAUGGGACAAUCCUGAUACUAUUACAAUUUAACCUGGUAUGUGACUGAUACUCAAACCUUUUGUGCCUGAAAUACUCUUUCUGUAAGUAAACAAGCAUGUUUAAAGGUUAAAGAAUUCAAUUCUUCAUUUUGGAAAAAAAAAAAGAAGUCACAUUUUAUUUUCUCCCUUUCCCUCCCUUUUUGCUUUCCUGCUGCCUGUCGCGCCCCAGCCCGUGGACAGACCGGCAGGAGGGCAGUGGUGGCUGUCAGCUGAGGGCAAGAGCUGAACCCAAACUGGAGCUCUCUGUAGGACACAAUGUGGUGCUCUGUGACCAAACAGGUCUUGGCAAUGGUGUCACUUCGUUUUGGGAGGGAUUGAGAGAUGUCAGCGUGCACUCCAAUAGCUGACUGACGUUAGGGCUUGUAGAAGUGAUUUGUCUCUCUGCCUUCUUUUCCCUGGCAGGAUUUUAUUUUUCUGUGCUUUAAGGCAUUGAUGUGCUGACCCUGUGGGCUCUUCUGAAAGUAUCUUAGGAGCCAGAUGAUGGGCUCAGGGGAGUUUUCAAAGGCUAAUAGCAUCAAUAGCAUGCAAAGUACAGGUUUUAACUUCAUUCCCCACUGGUAUUGCUUUUGCUGGAAUGUUUAACACUUCUGGAUUUUAUUGGCAUACUUGACUAGGAGAUUACAACAUGAUCAUGACACAGUUCUUUCAGAGAACAGGAGCAGAUGUCAGUGGACUCGGGUCUUAAAAAUACAUUUCAGUACCUUUAAAGUGGCUUAGGAAAGAGAAUUCUAUAGGCUGUGUUCAGAGCUGGAUCUGACUCUUCUGAAAAUGUCACUUGCGUGUGCCUUUUCUAAAAUGCCAGAUGUUUCUCUGUGGGUGAUAAACGGUUACAGCCCACUCAGGGGUCUCAAAACCAUGCUCUGCUGGGGGGAGGGGACAGAAG